GCAGGCGACGGCUCCAGCCAGGAGCACCAGGCCUGGAGCGCCACACCGGGAGGUGCCGCUCCGCCUCAGCGGCUUCUCCACAAACUCUAGCCCGCUGCCUCGCGGCGGAACCCAAUCAUGGCGCGGAUGCUGAUCGUAGGCGCCGGGCUGACAGGAAGCGUGUGCGCAGCGCUGCUGAGGAGAGAAAUGGGAGGUCGUCUGCACAUCUCAGUGUGGGACCAGGCUGGAGACUCAGGAGGAAGAAUGACUACAGCCAGCAGCCCUCAUAAUCCACAGUGCACAGUCGACUUGGGUGCUCAGUACAUCACCUGUACUUCGCAUUUUGCCAAAAAGCAUCAAAGUUUUUAUGCUGAACUGUUAGCUUGUGGUAUUUUGAAGCCUCUGACUUCGCCUGUGGAGGGAAUGGUGAUGAAAGAAGGAGACUGUAACUUUGUAGCACCGCAAGGAAUUUCUUCAAUUAUUCAGCAUUACUUGAAAGAAUCAGGUGCUGAAAUCCACUUCAGACAGUGUGUGACUGAGAUCAACCUGAAAAAUGACAAGUGGGAAGUCUCCAAGGAAACAGGUUCCCCUGAGCACUUCGAUCUUAUUGUCCUCACAAUGCCGGUUCCUCACAUACUGCAGAUUCAAGGUGACAUCGUGAACUUAAUUAGUGAAUGCCAAAGACAGCAACUGGAGUCUGUGAGCUAUUCUUCCCGCUACGCUCUGGGUCUCUUUUAUGAAGCUGGCACCAAGAUUGAUGUCCCUUGGGCUGGGCAGUACAUCACCAGUAAUCCCUGCAUACGCUUCAUCUCCAUUGACAAUAAGAAACGCAAUAUAGAGUCGUCAGAAAUCGGCCCUUCCCUUGCCAUUCACACCUCUGUCCCAUUUGGAGUUGCACACUUAGAACACAGCAUUGAGGAUGUGCAAGAAUUAAUAUUCCAGCAGCUGGAAGCGAUUUUGCCAGGUUUGCCUCAACCCGUUGCUACCAAAUGCCAGAAAUGGAGAUAUUCACAGAAUUGGUUCUUCAAUGCGGGGCCUCCAGCACAGACAUUAAUAAUUGCAGAAAAACUAAUAGUUGGCAUCCUCAAGGCCUAUUUUGAGCCAGAAAGUUACUUACCCUAAUUGCCAGGCUUCUUCCCAGUUCUGUCUGGCUUUCGGGUUACAAAUGCUGUUGCCAAUUAUCCUGGUCAAAUGACUCUGCAUCUCAAACCUUUCCUUGUAUGUGGAGGGGAUGGAUUUACU